CUCAACUCAACUCAACUCGGAGUUUUGCGCUCUGACUCCUUCUUACUCCUGCUCUGGUCGCUUUCACUCGUACGAGAUAGUGUUCAAUGUGACUCGAAUCGUGUGGGGUAUUUUAUCCUCAGUUACAUCGGAGAUCCUAGUACGAACACUCUUUGUGUAUAUCGUACUGAACAUUGUAGUGUGUGCCUCUUGCAGUUCUCCUUGUUGGAAACAAUGUCGACGACUUUCCAACAUUCAUCGGUAUUCAGAUUUGAAAUUUCGUAUUUUCAUUAGAAUCGUGACAAAAUGGGAAGUUAUGCGAGCAGAAUUGCGUCGAUGUCAAACAAUGCGGUGCACUCCGUGUACCGUGGUCGUAAACGAAAGUGCAUCGAAGAGGAUGAUUUUGAUUCCGAAUCGGAUUACAUCAACCGAACGCUUCAAACGCCGAAAAAAAGAAAAUUAUUGACAACAGCACAAUACAUAUACAAAACAUUAUUUCAAGAAGAAAAAGGUAGCGAUAUAACUGUGUUCAUGUUAGGGAAAGCAUGGAGAUUACAUAAAGUUUACAUCAGUCAGAGCCCAUAUUUUGCGAGCAUGUUUUCAGGCUCAUGGAGGGAAGCUAACGAGACAGUUAUCAGUGUUGAGAUCGCGGAUCCUAACAUCACAUUGGAUUCUCUUUUGACCGUCUUUGGUUCCUUUUACCAGGAUGAAGUCAGUUUGGAACCAAAAGAUGUUACAUCGAUUUUAGCUACCUCUACGUUAUUCCAGUUGCAAGGAUUGAUCGACCAAUGCACAGACAUCAUGGUAGAAACAACAAAUAUAAAAACUGUUGUUCCUUACUAUAAUGCAGCUGUAUCGUAUGGUGUACCAGUGGUGAAAGCUGCAGCCAAGAGGUGGUUGGAAGUUAAUCUCUUAGGAUACGGAUGGUUGCAUAGAACAUUUUUAAAAGAAAUCACGCCUGAUUUAAUGGCUGAGUUAAUUGCUAGUCCUGACUUAAUUGCCAUGCAAACAGAAUUCUGCAUAUAUAUGCUGCUAAGAGUGUGGUUGUUUGUUCAUAUGCACAAUAAAGAAGAAAGUCUUGAAAUUGAGGAAUAUUUUAGAAAUCAUAAGUGGGUGAAACCAUUCCUUACAACGGAAGAAGGCAAAGAAUUUGUAAAACCUUUCCAAGCAUUGAGAAUGAAGUAUCUUUUAUUACACGACCAAGAUGUAAAAAUUUUAUACAGCGAUAAUUUAAUACCGCACGAAUGGUUGCACAACGCGUAUAAGGAACAAUGGUUACAUUUAUUAAGAAUAGAUGCAAAUAAGGAUCACGGACCAAAACAAAUGAGCGAAGAAGAAUUUUCUCGCGAAUGUUUCCGAUGCGGAAGAUGCAUCGAGAAAGCCGGCGAACAUGUUUGGAGAUGGAGUGCCUUUCAUUUUGGAUUAGAUUUGGUUGUGUGGUUAGAUAGUACCACCUUGCGGAUUAAGAGGAAUCACAAACUAGACACGGAUCACAUUAAAGCAAAUCAUAAUCAGCACAAUAUAAUUUUAAAAGUAAGUUUAAUUUCAUUGGAUGAACAACGCCAAGAAAAACAUAUUCAGAGUUCUGGGAUGCUUAGGUUGUCACUUCAUAAAAACGAAGAAAAACAAGUAAUGUCUCUGGAUAAAGAACUUACUUAUCCAUUGUAUAUAUCGGUCAAUAUGCAAGUGGUAACGCCUUUCGUAUCAACGGAAGAGGAAAAAUCAGCCGAUAUAAUCAUAUUCUCGGAUACUUAGCACCCUAAAUGUUCGCCACCUCCUCAACCGUCGAAGACAUUCAACUCCGAUAAUUGUACGUUCAUACAUAAUCCGACUAUUUCAUUUCACAACGCUUGAUUUAAGAGUAAGUGCUAUUUAAUAAUUAAUGCUCCUUUGUUGGAAAGAAUAUUCGUAUAAUUGAUUUUUUCUUUAUGUAAAUUUUACUAUUCGAUCAUGUGACGUUUAUAUUGUGGAGAUACCAAUUUCUGAUUAAAAUUUUUGCAAUCUCAACAUCUAGUCGACUAAACAUUCGCAGCAUUAGUACGAUGGAAAUCUUGCAUAUUUGAGUAAUUUUUAGUAGUGUAAUCCAGAGACUUAUUUUCUUUUAACAUAAAUACACUUAAUAUUCAUAGGCUUAUAUAAGCACUACUAAAACAAUUCCUGUAACUAGAAGAUAAUAUGUAAUGUGUUAAGUGUUCUAAAACAGAGGUUAUUCUAUAUUGAAUAUAAAACGAGAUCCGGAAGAUCGAAUUAAAAAGUGUUAUGUACAUGUAGUAUACAACAGUAUUAGAGGCGUUUGAUUUUACUGUUUAUGCAUUUACAUAUUUACACCAUGAAGUUGCUAAUGAUAACAAGUUAGAUGAAUCCAUUAAUUCUUCAAACUAUCAUCCGAAAGAACUGAAUGUGUUUUUUUAAAGCGAAUUCAAACAAGCUGAUAGAAUAAUUCUGUCUUUCGGCUAGUCAUCGAAGAAUUGACCUUCGGACUGUGUGAAUAUCGAUCGAGACGAAAUGUUCUGUAUAAUAAGUGUACAACUAAACGACGCAUAACAAACGUUCCUUCGAUUCCGUAAUCGAUUUAUUCGAUAUGGUGCUAGCUAUCAUCUGAUAAGGAUACAAUUUUACAUUUCACUUAUUAAUCUAUAUAUAAGUAUAUAAGAAACUAUUCAGCUUAGGAAUUAAAAUUUUUCUACACUUGACGAGCGUUAUUAACUUCAAAUUAAUACCUCGAUGGAAAAAUACAACGAGUUUUGCAUAGUA